AUGAAUCUGACAUGCAACUCGACGCUGGAGGAGCUGAGGAUAUCUCCGGGCUCCGAAAUCAUCCUCAUAGGGCCUCUGAACUUUCACAACCUGGCGCGCAUCAUUUCCGCCUCCUGCACCCUCAUCGCCGCCGUCCUCAGCCUCUACCUCGUAUGGAUGCACGCCAUCCACUACACACAACCCCGCGAGCAGCGAUACAUCAUCCGCAUCCUCUUUAUGGUCCCCGUUUACGCCAUCUCGGCUUACUUCCAAAUCGAGUGGUACUGGCACGCCAUCUACUUCCAGGUCAUCUCUGACUGCUACGAGGCCUUUGCCAUCGCCUCCUUCUUCGCCCUCAUCUGCCACUAUGUCGCCCCGGACCUGCAUACGCAGAAGCACUUCUUCCGCGAGAUGCGCCCCGUGAAGCCCUGGGUUUGGCCCCUCAACUGGUUCGCAAAGUGCUGCGGCGGCGACAGGGGCCCCUGGCGCACGCCCAAGAGCGGCCUGACGUGGUUCAACAUCAUCUGGAUCGGCAUCUACCACUACUGCUUCAUCCGAGUUGCCAUGACCAUCUCGGCCGUUGUGUCCCAGUACUUUAAGCGAUACUGCGAGAGCUCCAACAGCCCCGUCUUUGGGCACAUUUGGAUUAUUGUCCUCAACGCGGCUGCGGUCACCGUGGCCAUGUUUUGCCUAAUCCAGUUCUAUGUGCAGCUCAAGGAGGCCCUCGCCGAGCACAAGCUCUUCCUCAAAAUCGUCGCCAUCAAGCUUGUCGUCUUCCUCUCCUUUUGGCAGUCGGCCGCCAUCUCAGUCGGCACCUCGACGCUCAACAUAGUGCAUGCGAACAAGGUCCUCGCGUACCCGGACCUGAAGGUCGGCAUCCCCGCGAUGCUCCUUUGCGUGGAGAUGGCUUUGUUCGCCAUACUGCAUCUCUGGGCGUUCCCUUACGCUCCCUACGUGGCCGGUGCGCCUGCCACAUUUUACCCGUCACCCGACCCGAACAAGGGCGGCCCCUCGCGAGAGAACCAGCGGUCGGCCCCGAGCGGCGGCCCCAUGGGCAUCAUGGCCGUGGUCGAUGCGCUCAACCUGUGGGACUUUGUCAAGGCGUUUGGGCGCGGCAUGCGCUGGCUGUUCUGCGGCGUCAAGCGGCGGAAGGAGGACGUCAGCUACAAGCUGAACCACGGCGAUGCGCUAGACAUGGACAGCCUGCCCGAGGGCAAGGAGGGCGCGAGCACGUACGAUGCGAUGCGGGCCGGCAACGUCCCGCCAACGCAUCCGUACAGCCGUCCAGGCGGCCCAUACCAGAUGAGCGGCGUGGUCGGCGGCGCGCCACACGAGGAGAGCGCGGGCCUGAUCAACAACGCGCAGCCGAACCCGGAGACGAUGGCAUACCGGCGAGACGACUCGCGGUCCCCGCCACGGCGGCCGCGGAGAGACACGUCCCCGAGAGGGUACGGCGACGACCAGCACUACGAUCCGUAUCGGCAGCAAGACCCGGGACGGACGCGCGCCCAGGCGAGCGUGGCGAACGCGCUCUGGGGACAGCCGCCGAGGCAAUGA